GCGCUCUCUCCGACUCUAUUCAGUUACUCACCCGCUGACGCUGAGCCCAUUCUCAGUGGCCGUGAAGGGGAAAGAUAUUUAAAAAACAAGAGCCGAAAAUUACCGAGGACUUUCUGCGCUUAAUAGCCCGGGACAGAAGAAUCGAGACACUGGAGUGUUUCUCCUCCUGGUGUGUGAAUGGGUGGGGGGGCCCUUUGUGGUGAAGAAUCAAGGAUUCGAAAUAACACAGAACUCUCCAGUUUAAUGGCUGGCAGGUAGAGGCCAAAGAGGGACAAUCAACAUGAACUCGAUUCCGUCGAUGGACAGACACAUACAGCAGACCAAUGACCGUCUGCAGUGUAUCAAACAGCACUUACAAAAUCCAGCAAAUUUCCAAACAGCAGCAACAGAGCUGCUGGACUGGUGUGGUGACCCCAGAGCCUUCCAGCGGCCCUUUGAGCAAAGCCUGAUGGGAUGCCUAACGGUGGUUAGCCGGGUAGCAGCACAGCAGGGCUUCGACUUGGACCUGGGCUAUCGGCUCCUGGCUGUUUGCGCUGCCAACAGGGACAAGUUCACUCCAAAAUCAGCAGAAACCAACUGCUGCAGGAGGUGUCAGUCUGACUCAGCCCUACUGUCCUCGUGGUGUGAGGAGCUUGGACGCCUCCUCCUCCUCCGUCACCAGAAGAACAGGCAGAACGAGCCUCCGGGAAAAGUGCCCAUGCAGCCCCCCAUGAGUUCCAUGAAGCCCAGCCUCUCACACGGAGAUGGGUCUUUUCCCUAUGACUCAGUCCCCUGGCAGCAAAACACCAAUCAGCCUCCCGGUUCAGUGUCCGUGGUGACCACCGUGUGGGGCGUGACCAACACGUCACAGAGCCAGGUGUUGGGGAAUCCAAUGGCCAACAGCAACAAUCCCAUGAACCCUGGUGGUAACCCCAUGGGAUCGGGUAUGUCUGGUAACACUCCAGGUAUGAACUCUCCUCAGUUCCCCGGUCCACAGCAGCAGUUCCCCAACAAAGGCAACGCCAACCAGGGCUAUAUGCAGCAGGGGAUGUACGGUCGAUCCAACUACCCUGGAGGAGGAGGCUUUGGUGGCAAUUACCCUGGAGGGCCGAAUGCUGGACCUGGUGGAAUGGGCAUCCCUCCACACUCCCGGCCUCCCUCAGACUUCACCCAGCCUGCCGCUGCUGCCGCCGCAGCUGCAGUCGCUGCUGCUGCCGCCACCGCAACUGCCACUGCAACAGCAACUGUGGCUGCCCUGCAGGAAACCCAGAACAAGGACAUAAACCAAUAUGGACCGAUGAGUUCCUCUUUCCAGAUGGGACCAAAUCAGGCAUACAACAGCCAGUUCAUGAACCAGCCAGGGCCCCGCGGCCCUCCAUCCCUUCCUGGAAACAUGGGCACAAGCAUGAAUGCCGCUAACAUGAGCGGGCCUCCAAUGGGAAUGAACCAACCCAGGGGCCAAGGCAUGGGGCCUUUUGGGGCACAUGGCCAAAGGAUGCCUCAGCAAGGCUAUGCAGGUCCCCGGGCUCAGGGCAUGGGUAUGCAGGGCAUGAAAAGACCGUACCCAGGGGAGCCAAACUAUGGUGGGCAGCAGUAUGGACCAAACAACCAGUUCCCUAACCAGCAGGGGCAAUACCCCACACCAAAUGCCUCCAGGCCGCUGCCAUCCCCCAACUACCCUGGCCCAAGGAUGCCAGGACAGCAGCUGCAAGGCCAAUACCCACCACCCAGUGGUGCUAUGGGCCAGUACUAUAAGCAAGAGCCACCUUUCAAUGGCCAAACAAAUAACUUCUCUGGGAGUGGAUAUCAGUACAACCAGGGCAAUAUGAAUGGGCCUCCAAGGCCAGUGGGGAACUACCCUCACUCCCCAGUGCCAGGAAAUCCUACUCCUCCAAUGACACCAGGAAGUAACAUCCCUCCGUACCUGUCGCCAAACCAGGAUGUGAAGCCACCCUUCCCUCCUGACAUUAAACCAAAUAUCACCACUCUCCCUCCCCCUCCAGCCACCCACAACGAGGAACUGCGCCUGACGUUCCCAGUGCGGGAUGGAGUCGUCCUAGAGCCCUUCAGGCUAGAACAUAACCUGGCUGUCAGCAACCACGUCUUCCAUUUACGGCCCUCUGUACACCAGACACUCAUGUGGAGGUCAGACCUGGAACUACAGUUUAAGUGUUACCACCACGAAGACCGACAGAUGAACACGAAUUGGCCGGCAUCUGUCCAAGUCAGCGUCAACGCCACGCCCCUCACAAUUGAGCGGGGCGAUAACAAGACCUCCCACAAACCCCUGCACUUGAAACACGUAUGCCAGCCUGGAAGGAACACGAUCCAGAUCACAGUCACUGCCUGCUGCUGUUCGCACUUGUUUGUACUGCAACUGGUCCACCGGCCCUCGGUUCGUUCUGUGCUGCAAGGCUUACUGAAGAAGAGGCUUCUGCCUGCAGAGCACUGCAUCACCAAAGUUAAGAGGAACUUCAGUAGCGUGGCAGCGUCUUCGGGCAACACCACUCUAAAUGGGGAGGAUGGCGUGGAGCAGACAGCCAUCAAGGUUUCCCUCAAGUGUCCGAUCACCUUCCGGCGAAUACAGCUUCCAGCGAGAGGCCAUGACUGCAAACAUGUUCAGUGUUUUGAUUUGGAAUCAUAUUUACAACUGAACUGUGAGCGGGGAACAUGGCGAUGUCCUGUAUGCAAUAAAACAGCAUUGUUAGAAGGACUUGAAGUGGACCAGUACAUGUGGGGAAUCCUGAAUGCCAUUCAAAACUCUGAGUUUGAGGAGGUCACAAUUGACCCGACGUGUAGUUGGCGGCCAGUGGCUAUAAAAUCAGAUAUCCACAUAAAGGAGGAUCCAGAUGGACCACUGGCAAAGAGGUUUAAGACAAUGAGUCCCAGCCAGAUGAUUAUGCCUAAUGUGAUGGAGAUGAUAGCUCAGCUUGGCCCUGGACCCUCACCAUACCCAUCGCUACCUUCUGGACAAGGAGGCAACAGCAGCGAAUAUGGAAGCCAAGGCAACAGUUAUCAGAGCCACGGGAACUUUGAUUUCCCUCACGGCACCCCUGGUGGGACGUCAAUGAAUGACUUCAUGCAUGGUCCCCAGUUGUCUCACCCACCUGACAUGCCCAACAACCUGAUGGCACAAGACAAGCCACUGUCCCACAAUAUGCCUGACACAAUACCUCAUUCUGUCGGCAAUGACCAGUCGCAUGGUCCAUUGCAGCAGAGUUUACAUGCAUCUCCACACCCUGGGAGCCAAUCAGGGCAGCAGCUACACCACAGCGGGCCUCCUCAGCCCUCGCGACAAGCUCCACCCCCUCAACAACAACAACAACAACAGCAGCAGCAGCAACAGCAGCAACAGCCUGGCCCCAACAGCCAUCCUCACAGUGACCUGCCCUUCAACCCAUCCAGCAGUUUGGACAGUCAAGCAGGGUCAGACAUGCCUGAGCCGUCUUUAGACCUCCUUCCAGAGCUCGCUAACCCAGAUGAACUGUUGUCCUACCUGGAUCCCCCAGACCUCCCCAGCAAUAGCAACGAUGACCUUCUAUCACUCUUCGAAAACAACUGAGGCAAUUCAGAAACACGUAAUCACUGACUGCUGCAGUUUCCCUGAGAACCCAAGGCGGUCGCUCAGUACUUGAUAAACACAAAGAUGCACUCCCUUUGUCUUCUUCCUCUUGUACAACUUUCAUUCGCCAGCGCAGAUUGACUGAAAGAGGUUACAACUCAAAGACAUAGCAGGGGUUCUCCCCGCCCUCUCACCCAGAGGUGAUAACUUUAAACUGUGCAGCUAUACUCAGUUGAUUUUUUUUUUUUUUUUUUUAAAUGCCACACACGUGUAUGUGUGCUCAUUAGAAACGUGUUGUAGCAUUGUUUAUUUGUUUUUUGUUUCCUUUUCAGAAGAAAAAGGAAUUCACUGUAUAAAACAGAAAAAUAACUGAAAAAAAAAAAGAACCUGUGCUAUCCGGCCAGUGCUUGUUAUCUUAUUCCAAUCUGAGAGGCCACAGCUUCCUGGUGUCACAGCUCAAUUCCCUGACAGGUCUGGUUAGUCGCACUGUUUUGUUCACCACACAUCAUUUAUAAGCACAAGAGAUUCUGGCAAUGCAAAAACACAAAAAAUCAGCCUUUUUCCAAAAGGGGAAAAAAAAAAAAAAGAUCAAGUCAAUCAGUGUCUGUCUUUGACAAAAAUGUUUUUUAAAUCCAAUUUUUUGGUCCUCUGCCAACAUUUUAAAAAAAAAAGUAUUUUUAGGACUGAUCGGCAUCCACUUUGUCUACAAUUGUGCAAUUUUUUAAACACUCCUUUUCAUUUUGACAGCUGAAAAUGAAAAAAAAAAGAAAAAAAAAAAGAGUAGCAUAUCUGUCCAUCUACAUAUUAUAUAGUUAUGGUCCUCCUGCACACAGAAGGGAUUUCAUUGGAAACAAAAGGUACAACGGAGAGGUUUCAGUUCCUGUGACGAUCCCGCUUUGUCGCUUCCUGCUACAGAUCCUUCCGUCAGCUCUGCAUGAGCCAUCGUGUUGCUCAUCUCUCUUCCCAGUUAAAUGAUGUGCUGUUUAAGUAAUCUGCAAAGUGCAUGUGUGCCAAGCCCUUGUCUAGUGCUGUUCCAAGUGGUGGAAAAAAAAAAAAAAGAUAGUGUGGUUUUUAUCAGUUGCUGUCUCCACAGAUCUUUCGGUCGCUUGUUUGAUUUUCUGUCAUAUUUAGUAUGAUUUUAUUUAACACUAACAUUGAAGGGAUGAUGUUGAUAUCAGCAGUACAUUUAUCAUGUAUUUGCUGAACAUACUGUGUUAUGUUUGUUAUGCUUUCGAUUGUUGCUGCACAAUUAAACUAUACAUAAACCUUUUGGGGAAACUGCUCAACAUCACCAAAGUUAGAGGGAUGAGAAUGGAAAUGUUUGUGCUUCUGUGGUCCUGUAUGUGUGUGUGUGUGUGUGUGCGUGCGUGUGUGUGUGUGUUUGUGUGUGUAUGUAAUAUUGGUUUUAAAGAUAGAGACAGGGACAGUUUAUCCAUCACUGCUGUUCAAGAAGUGGUUUCUCAAGCAGUAUUGGUGCAGAUUUCUUUUUGCCACAUUUGUUUUCAUUUUCAUGUUUAAACAAAAAAAAAAAAAAAAAAGAGUGCUGUUCAGUAUGCAAAUGUAUUAUUUUUUAAGAAAUGCUAUUGUACUGUAAAUAUCAUUGUGAAUAUUUUUGUAUCAUCUUGAUAAUGUUUGUCCUUUGCUCAUUAGUCGUCCAACUUAACCACAUGUGCUCCCAAACCAGCAUAUGGCUGUCUCGCCUCUUUCGCCGAGGCGUAGCCGGUCCAACCGUUUCAUAAGCUAUUGCCUGCAAGUCACACCCCCCCCCAACUAUCCCCACCUCAACUGCC